GUCCAUCAAUCGGAUGUGAAAUAACUUCGAAGUACGUACGUUAAAAUUUUAAAACAAAAUGAGCUCAAGUGAUUUUUUAAAUUUGAAAGAAGAAUUCUCGUCAGGUAGUUGUACUACGAUGUUUCCUUGGACACCGCUACCACAAAGAAGACAUCUGAAUUUUGUUAAACAAGAAAAUAAAGACCUUAAGUCUAAAGACCAAUCAGAACGAUUGUAUCCUAACUGUGAUUGCACAGUUUGGAUGAGAUCAUGCGAAGAAGAAAUUACAAACCCAAUAACAGGAAAAGUUACAGGUAUUAUUCCCAAUUGGUUAAACGGAUCUCUUAUAAGGAAUGGACCAGGUUCCUUAAAAGUUGGAAAUGAAGAGUUUACUCAUCUUUUCGAUAGUUCAGCUCUACUUCAUAGAUUUGGAAUAAAAAACGGCAACGUAGAAUACUCAUGCCGUUUCGUACAAUCAGAAGUAUUUAAAAAGAAUUGGGCAGCCAAUAGAAUAGUAACAUGUGCAUUUGGUACUAAAAUUGUUGAGGAUCCGUGUCACUCAAUUUUCAAAAGAAUAGCAGCUAUUUUCCAAGAUUCAUCAGAUAACUCUAUGAUCUCAGUAUAUCCUUUCGGAGAUGAGCUGUAUGCUUUUGGAGAAACUCCUAAAAUACAUAAAAUUAAUUCUGAUACACUAGAAACCGAAGAUAAAGUUGCCAUUAGUGAUUAUGUAUCGAUAGUUCAUCACACUUCCCAUCCUCAUAUUUUAAAUGAUGGUACCAUUUACAAUUUGGGUUUGUCGGUGCGACCUACAGGACUUUACCACAGUAUUAUUGAAUUUGGAAAGCAUGAAAAUGGAUCCAGUAAACAAAUGUUUGAAGAAGCUCAAAUAGUAGCAUCAAUAUCUGCAAGAUGGCAACUGAAUCCAUCUUACAUGCAUACUUUUGGCAUAACAGAAAAUUAUUAUAUAUUAGUGGAGCAACCUUUAAGCAUUUCAAUUCCAGGAAUGAUUUCAUCGAAACUUAAUGCUGAGCCCCUUGCCAGUUGUUUUAGAUGGUUUCAUGAGGAAUAUACCAGAAUAUCCAUUAUAUCAAGAUCCACCAACAAAGUAUAUAAGACCUAUUUGGCUAAAUCGUUUUUUUAUCUGCACAUAAUUAACCAAUAUGAGUUUGAAAAUCAUUUAGUUUUGGACAUCUGUAUGUAUAAUGACCCUGCUAUGCUGGAUUGCAUGUACAUUGAAACAAUGAAGUCAAUGCAAACAAACUCAGAUUACGCAAAAAUGUUCAGGGGCAGACCGGGAAGAUUUGUUUUGCCUCUGAACCCUAAUUCAAAUACAGAUAAAAACAAUAAUUUAAUUGGGAUAAAAAAUACAAGAGCCGAAGCGUAUUAUAUGUCCGAUGGAAAUAUAUUUGUUAAGCCAGAAAAACUUUGUAAUUUGGGCUGUGAGACUCCCAGAAUACAUUACGAAAAAUAUCUUGGCAAACCAUAUAAAUAUUUCUAUGCAAUAAGCUCGGAUGUUGACACCGAAAUCCCAGGAACGUUAAUCAAAGUCGAUGUUGAAUCAAAAACUGCUAAAACAUGGGGAGAACCGAACUGUUAUCCUAGCGAGCCUAUAUUUGUACCUAGUCCAGAACCAAAGAGUGAAGAUGAUGGAGUAGUUCUAUCUGCUAUGGUUUGGGGCGAAGAAGACACCAACCACGUAGGCCUUUUAGUUCUAGAUGGCGAAUCUUUCACCGAACUAGGGAGAGCCGAAUUUAACACUCCAAGUCCUGCACCGAAGUGUCUACAUGGUUGGUUCUUACCAUCCAAGGAAUAAUAGUCAUUAGUAAAUUAAAAUAAGCAUAUUUUAUUUAUAAUCUCAAUAAAUUAAUAAACUGUAUAAUAAACAAUAACACAGUUAAUAAAAUAUUAUAAACUACAU